AGCAGCGCUCAAAUUUCCUGGCCUGGUGUGCACCCGACGAAUAUGGAAGCGGUUUGAGGGAAUGUAAGUAGGAAACGGUUGGAUGGCACCAUAUCGACGCAAUGCUGAAAAUGCUGGACAAAUGUCCCGGUCUCUACUGCGGACGAACGUUUCUCGCGAACGGAUCGCUGAGUGAGUGCGGCGCCUGCCUGCGGGGUUACCGGGUCAACGAGCGGUACGUUUGCUCACCGUGCGAAAAUGACCUUACAUCACACGAUUGGCUGUACCUGGGCUUUAUGACCUUUCUGCCACUGAUCAUCCAUUGGUUCUGUAUCGAUUUCAACGCUCAUCUAACCAAAUUUACGAAGGGUGAGCUGAUACUGCACGCCAGCGCCUGCAUCGAGGUUUUCCUAUCCGCGUUUCUAACGAUUCUGUUCACCGAUCCCAUCUGGGAGCUGCGCAUCAACUCGUGCGGCGUUCGAAAGCUGUCCGACUGGUACACGCUGUUCCACAAUCCCACACCCAACUAUGAGACAACACUGUACUGUACGCAGGAGGCCGUGUAUCCGCUGCAGACGAUGAUCUUCGUGUUCUAUCUCUUCUGCGUCACGUUCAUGAUGAUCAUUCGGCCUGGUUUGAACGUAAAGUUCCUACCGUACCGUGGCAAGCUGGCCGUCUACUAUGCGCUGUACAUAUUCCCCAUUCUGGCGCUACUGCAUGCCGUCGCCGGUGGACUCAUAUAUUACUCAUUUCCGUAUCUUAGCAUCAUGAUUUCGUUGGUUUCGAAUGCGUUACACUUUUCUCUCAAACUCGAUCCCACCAUGAAGUCACUGCUAGAAACAUCCAUCACACAGAUGCGAAAUGCGACCAUAAUCCUUGGACACUGGGCGCUGCUUGCCUACGGCAUUGUGUCGAUUCCGUACGAUAUAUCGUACUUUUCACUACUGCUCGUACCUGUGCCUGCGCUGUUUUACAUCUUCACUGCGAAAUACACUCAUCCGGAUAAUUUUAAGUAGCCAUAAUUAUUAUCGGUCAAUCGAAUUGGUAAAUCUGCCUAGAUGUUAUAUAGUUUAACGCGACGUAAGUUUUCCUACCAGAUGCGGUGGGGCAUUGAGUACGAUGAAUAAACUCCAAGCAGGCGGUACUAACUGUCUGUCGAACUGAA